AUGGAGGAGGCCAACCAGACCGGGAGGCUCCUCUUCCACUUCCGCCCCUUCUCCCGGCUCCCUGAGGUGCAGGUGAUGAUCUUUGUGUUCUUUCUCAUCAUGUAUGUGGUCAGCCUCAGUGGGAACAUGUCCAUUUUCCUCACCAUCUGGAUCCAUCGCUGCCUGCACACCCCGAUGUACUUCUUCCUGGCAAACCUGGCGAGCCUGGAGAUCUUCUACUCGUCCACCAUCGCCCCUCUCACGCUGGCUGGCAUCCUGUCUGUGGAGAGAAUGGCCAUCUCCCUGCCAGGCUGUGGUGCCCAGAUGUUUUUCUUCAUCUUCCUGGGCAGUGCUGACUGCAUUCUGCUGGCCGUCAUGGCCUAUGACCGGUUUGUGGCCAUCUGCCACCCUCUGCGCUACACACUCAUCAUGAGCUGGCGCCUGUGUGUCCAGCUGGCCCUGGGGUCGCUGCUGCUGGGCUUCAUCUUGGCCAUGCAGUUGACUGUGCUCAUCUUCCGACUCCCGUUCUGCAGCAGUAAAGAAAUCAGCUUGUUCUACUGCGAUGUCCUCCCUGUCAUGAGACUGGCCUGUGCAGACACCCAUGUCCAUGAGGCCACGCUGUUUGUGGUCAGUGUCAUUGUCCUCACCAUCCCCUUCCUCCUCAUCCUGCUCUCCUAUGUCUUCAUUGUGGCUGCCAUCUUAAAGAUCCGCUCAGCAGAGGGGAGGCACAAGGCCUUCUCCACCUGCUCCUCCCACCUGACCGUGGUCCUCCUCCAGUAUGGAUGUGGAAGCCUCAUCUACUUGUGCCCCAGCUCCAGCUACUCUCCUGAGAGGGGCCAGGUAAUUUCAGUGGUUUACACGUUCAUCACCCCUGUUCUAAAUCCCUUGAUCUACAGCAUGAGGAACAGAGAGCUUAAGGAUGCUUUGAAGAGGGCAGUAAUGGGGUUGGCUCUUCUCCAGACUCAAAGAGCAGUGUGA